CUUCAUUUUGCACCGCAGGCCUGUCUGACAUGCCCCAUGGAUCGUUUGAUCAGGGUUUUUGCCUUGGAUUUGCAGCUGGGGCAGCUGCAGUUUUCCUGGUUGCUCAGCUGCCCAGUGUCCUCGCUGCAGCUUUCAACAAGGUGAAGGCCAGGUCCAAUAUUGUGCAACAUCUUGACAACCGAGGGUGGAUCCAGAGGGGCCGAGAAGUAACUGAUGACCAGCUUAGCCAAGCUGAGGUCUUGUCAGCAUCCAAGCAUUCCAAGAAGAAAGUGCUCAAAAUCGACUCGGAGACAGUGGUCAAGCUUGCGCCAGAUCUUGACAUGGAUGAAGUUGACAACCUUGAAUUCAUUCACUCUCGCACCACAAUCCCGGUUCCCAAGAUGUUGAGCGCCUACGAGAAGGAGGGAUGUCAGUACAUUGAUCGCGAAUCCAUCUGCUCCGAGUUACGCGAAUACCUCAGUCAAAUGCGCAAUAUCCCGCCACCAAAAGAUUUGAUAGGCUCAGUUUCAGGCAGUCCAGCUGUUGACAGACGUUCUUUGGGGGCAGUAAAGCGAGGACUAUUCGCCUGCGAGGAGAAGUUCAAUGAGUGGCAACUUGGACAGCUGCGUGAUAAUGCACCUCUUCUCAACCGGGAAAGGUACACUGCAAUGCACCAGGCAGAUCACAGGAUCGUGUUCAGUCAUGGAGAUUUUGGAUUUCACAAUAUAAUGUCGCUCCAGUUCUUGGCAGGGACUGACGAGGAGUAUCAAUUCUGCAAGAAGGCGUUUGGCAAAAUGUAUCUAAGCGAGUUUUAUAUGGAUACAUGGUUUACUCGAGAGGUCAAGCAUGGUGGGUGGUAG